CGAUAACACACACAUGCAAUGUUAAACGGACAGUUAUUUAUCAUCUCCCUAUGCCCGUUGGUUGUUCCAAGCUGGCGCUAAUGUUACACUUUACAGCCUGACAUCCUCUGGCACAAAUCCGAGCGGGAUGUCAGAUGAUUAUGAUUCAAGAGAGUAAGGCUGAUCCUAUAAUGAAACCGAGGCGGUGCAAAACACGUGUUUUUCACACCUGGAGAGUAAUAUAAACAAUGGGAAAUAUAUGAAACGGUUUGCUUUGUAUUCAUUAUGACAUCGGCCUAAGAUAAAGGAGAAGCGAAGCCCAAUAUCAUCGCUAACAGCCGCAGCCGAUCAGCAGGCUGUCAACAGCGCAGGCCAAACCAAACUAACUCGAAAUGAACAAACUAGGGUAUCAUUUCUGAACGAACAAAAUACGUGCGCAAGAACGAGCUGUCGUGUGCAACACAAGACGGCUUCGUUGCCUGUGUAAGCUUCAACUGAAUGUGAGCUCUAAUGAAUAGCUCAUUCAUCAGGAUGCUAGAGUAAAAAGAUAGAAUAGUCGUCAAUAUACUAUCACACCGCAGUAAUCUUCCGAACAGCCUUAUGAAGUUCUACGUCAAACUUUUGGCCGUGGCUCUGCACACAACGCUUUCUGAUCAUUAGAUUCAUACUUAUAUAGACCAUUUUACGAAACGUUUCUGAACUCAAUUCAUGAAUGAAAUUUUGACAGAAAGCUCGGAACCGCUCACAUAACGCACGUAAAAGCAACAUCAAUAUCAGCAGGAUCCGUGACACCUGUCAGUUCGUAAAAUGGUCUAUACAAGAAUCAAUAUGAGGUAUUGUUUUUUUUUAUUUUAGUUUGGUUGAUUUCGUUUCCGUAAAAUUUCAGCUGAUUAAUAUCGACGAAAGAGAAACUCAUUACAAAUAUGUCUUCGAAUGUCGAUAUUUUUUUUUAUCCUCGCUUAUAUUCCGUCGGUCUAGUUCCGCCACUGUUGAGGCCAAUUCGAAUGUCGAUAUGAAUUUUAUCUUUCAAAACGAAAUUUUUGAAAAUCAACAUUUUGUAUUAACAGUAGAUAUAAAAAUUAUCACGAAGAAGUAACCAAUCCGCUGGGUAGGAAUCACGCCUCGAAACCUAAUGAGACAAAAUUUUACGUAAAGCAUCUAAAAACCAAUGUAUUACAAGCAACGAUACUUCAAGACAAAGCCCAUGACAAAGAUGUUCUCAUAUCGAUAAAAAAAAAAUAAUUCAAACGAUUUUUAUUUGAGUUUGAGUCAUUGUUUGAAAGUAUGUGGAAUCAAUUUAGAAUAGUUCAAUUAAUUGAAUAAAGAAAACAAAUGAGAGGGACGAAGUUCGCCGGGUCAGCUAGUACAGGAUAUAAUUUAUCCGCAGUAUAUUUGCGCCUCACAUAACUGGCAUUAUUGAGUGAAAUAAUAGACGUUGUGCACCAUCACAUAAAAGGACCACUCACCGAUUCAAUCUCAACUACUCGCUAUAUUUAGGGCUGUGCAUUUACCCACGGCAAGGCGAAUCGCUUUGCGAUACUAUUCACGCUUACUAUGUUACCGUCCAUACAGUGCGGAGAGUGAUAAUAAAUAACGUUUGUUAUUGGAUUAUAUGCUAAGUGAUUAUUAACAAAUGUGUCGAUAUAUAUUUGUGGCAACAAAUCGCCUGCGAAUUUUGUAGAAGCAAUAUUCUAUAUUUUCUGGUUAUAUUCGUGAUGGAUUCUAUUAUGUUAGGAUAUAUAGCUGCGCAAGAAGACAAAAGGCAAAAUUGUAGACAGCGAAGAUGUAACCUACGGAAAAAGAGUAACGUCAUGAGUUUGUCCGCUACAGAAUUCAAAAAGAAUUUCCGAUUGAAUAAAACUGCUUUUAGAAAUGUACUGAGUGAAAUAGAAAAUGAUUUUCCUCCACAAAGACAUGGCGGGUUAUCUGUAUCAGACAAACUGGCCGCAUGCUUGAGAUUUUUUGCUGAGGGAAGCUACCAGCACGGAACAGGAAAAGACUACGACGUUGCGAUUGCGCAACCAACUUUUUCUAAAAUCCUCAGUGAAAUGCUAGACAUAUUGGAAAGAAGGAUUUGCUCGAAAUGGAUAAAUUUUGAAAUGACCGCAAAUGAAAAAUAUCAAGCAAACCGAUAUUUUUUUGAAAAGUCGAGAAUACCCGGUAUCAUUAUGUGCGUGGAUGGGACACACAUAAAAAUUAUCCCACCGAAAGUUGAUAGAAACUUAUAUUAUAAUAGGAAAGGAUUUUAUAGCCUUAACGCAAUGAUCAUGUGUGACCACACUCAACGGAUCAGAUUUAUCGAUUCCAGCUACCAGGGAUCAAAUCACGAUUCCCAUGUUUGGGGACUGAGUUCAGCUCGUGCACAUUUACGGGAUAUGCACAGAAACGGCAAUACAAAUAUUAAAAUUUUAGGUGAUGCUGGGUACCCUUCCGAACCGUGGUUGAUAACACCAUACCGAGCGCCAGAACCAGGAAGCCCCGAAAGUGAUUUUAAUUCUAGGCACAGCUUGGGUAGAGGCAUCAUUGAAAGAACCAUUGGUGUCUUGAAAAAUCGCUUCCGGUGCAUUCUUGGUUCUCGGCAGCUCCAUUAUGCUCCAGCUAAAGCGGCUAAAAUUGUGAAUGUCUGCUGUGCGCUGCACAACGUUUGUUCGAGCUACAUGGAAGAAAACGAUCUCGAGGAUGUUUGAAAUGUUUAGUGUUCUAAAUGUAACAUGUUUGUGAUGUAUUUACUACACUUAGGCUAACUAGACGGCACAGCAACGUUUUUUGACUAUUCUAAUCGUCCAGUCUUUAAAAAAAGUGACCAGAUUUUGGCACUCAUUUUAAAACAAUUCCUAUUUGUGACACUCGUAGAAAUGCAGUAGAACUUGCGGUCUAUAAACAAAACGAGCAUCAUCAUCCUUUUCCUUCCCAAGUAGUGCAGCCGACGUCGUUAUUGGUCAGUGCAGCGGUCCAGAAACGAAAUUUAUAGGGAAUUUUAGAUAUAGAGCUCGAUAGCAAAGUUUUAGAGAAAAACUUUCUUCAACAAAGUUGUUACUUAUGAUAAAGCGCUUAUUGAAAAAUGAUUAAAAAUUGGGGUGACCCAAAUUUUCGAUUAAAUCAAAUAUCUAACUUUUUUAUGGAUAGAAGUUGUUUUACGAUGUUUUAGCUGCUUUAAUUCUAAACAGUGAAAGCACACCGAUUUCUUUUUUUCGUAUUAUUUCUUGAAACGAGAAAAAUAUACGUUGAUUUGAUCCAAAAAGAUAAAAAAUCAAUCACCUGGUUCAAAAAUUAUGUUGUUUUUAGAAUAAAAUACAAUGAAUAAAGCUGUUUUUAUUAGGAUCACCCUAUUUCGGAGCUGGUCACUCUGACGACUUAAUGAAAAAAUACGGCGGUUUGGUUAUUUUCAUCGAAAAUCCAUGUCUGCAAUUUUGACCACAAUUGAAGCCCUUUGGAUGACCAACACUCUUGGGAGAUAAACCGAAGUGCUUCACGCCAGAACCGUAACUAGAUAUAUAUAAU